UGUCGGUGAAAAAGAGUGUCGCAGGAAAAACAGAGAAAAAGUGGGUUUCUUCAGCUGAAAAGUAGCUUUUCCAACGCUUCUACACUCUUGGUGCGGACACGAGGAUUCCAUCAUGAGUGCUAUCUUCCGGCUUCCGAAACUCCUUGGGCGGGGCACGGCGAAGAAGGCGCGACUGCUGGGCGGCGCCUCGAGGGAACUUCAUGGCAGCGUGAACAGAGACGCGGAGGCGAAAGUGAGCUCCUCGGCGAUUUCCAAGGAGUAUCCGGUGGUGGAUCACACCUACGACGCAGUGGUUGUGGGCGCCGGCGGCGCGGGAUUGCGAGCGGCCUUCGGCCUGGUGGCGGAGGGCUUCAAGACGGCCGUGGUGACGAAGCUCUUCCCCACGCGGAGCCACACGAUCGCCGCGCAGGGCGGAAUCAACGCGGCGCUGGGCAACAUGGAGGAGGACAACUGGAAGUGGCACAUGUACGACACGGUGAAGGGCUCAGACUGGCUGGGCGACCAGGAUGCCAUUCACUACAUGACCAGAGAGGCGCCGAAGGCCGUCAUUGAGCUGGAGAACUACGGAAUGCCGUUCUCGCGGACGCCGGACGGCAAGAUUUACCAGCGCGCCUUCGGUGGACAGAGUCUGAAGUUCGGCAAGGGCGGCCAGGCGCACAGGUGUUGCGCCGUGGCGGACAGGACGGGCCACUCGCUCCUGCACACGCUCUACGGCCAGUCGCUGAGCUACGACUGCAACUACUUCGUGGAGUACUUCGCCCUGGAUCUGCUGAUGGAGAACGGCGAGUGCUGCGGCGUGAUCGCGCUGUGCCUGGAGGAUGGCACCAUUCACCGCUUCCGCGCCAAGAACACCGUGCUGGCCACCGGCGGCUACGGGCGCGCCUACUUCUCCUGCACGUCGGCGCACACGUGCACGGGCGACGGCACGGCCAUGGUGGCGCGCAUGGGGCUCCCGUCGCAGGACCUGGAGUUCGUGCAGUUCCACCCCACGGGCAUCUACGGCGCCGGCUGCCUCAUCACCGAGGGCUGCCGCGGUGAGGGCGGCUACCUGGUGAACUCCGAGGGCGAGCGCUUCAUGGAGCGCUACGCGCCGGUGGCCAAGGAUCUGGCCUCGCGCGACGUCGUGUCGCGCUCCAUGACCAUCGAGAUACGCGAGGGGCGCGGCGUGGGCCCGGACAAGGACCACGUGUACCUGCAGCUGCACCACCUGCCGCCGGAGCAGCUGGCGGCGCGCCUGCCCGGCAUCUCGGAGACGGCCAUGAUCUUCGCCGGCGUGGACGUGACGCGGGAGCCCAUUCCAGUCAUCCCCACGGUGCACUACAACAUGGGUGGCGUGCCCACGAACUACAAGGGUCAAGUGCUCACGUCGGACGGCAACGGCAAUGAUAAGAUCGUUCCUGGCUUGUACGCCGCCGGUGAAUCUGGCUGCUCGUCGGUGCACGGCGCCAAUAGGCUGGGCGCCAACUCGCUGCUGGAUCUGGUGGUGUUUGGCCGAGCGUGCGCCAAGACGAUAGCCGCUGAGAAUCGACCGGGCGACCGAGUUCCGGACCUCAAGGCGAGCGCUGGAGAGUUUUCCGUGGCGAAUCUGGAUGAACUGAGGCACGCGAAUGGCGCGAUUCCGACGGCGACGCUGCGACUGCAGAUGCAGAAGACGAUGCACACACACGCGGCGGUGUUCCGGGAGGCCGAGACGCUCCAGGCGGGCGUGGAGAAGAUGAAGGAUGUGUACAAGUCCUUUAAGGAUGUGAAAGUGUUCGACAGCUCGCUGAUUUGGAAUUCUGAUCUCGUGGAGACGCUGGAGUUGCAGAAUUUACUGCUGAAUGCGCAGAUGACAAUCGUGGCGGCAGAGAACAGGAAGGAAUCUCGCGGUGCUCAUGCCAGGGAGGAUUUCAAGACGCGCAUCGACGAAUACGAUUACAGCAAACCCCUCGAAGGGCAGCAGAAGAAGCCCCUGGAGGAACACUGGCGCAAGCACACGCUCACGUGGUGCGAUCCGGAGACGGGAAAGGUGACCAUCAAGUACCGUGGCGUAAUUGACAACACGCUGAGCUCCGAGUGCGACUCCGUUCCGCCUGCCAUUCGCUCCUAUUAAGAGUCGGUGGUGUUAUUAUUUCGUUUUCACACAAGAGUUUCUUAGUAUUUAUCAUGAAUUGAACUAUGUAAAUUGUCCCCAACGAGUCCCCAACACGCAGCGAGUAUUUAAUUAAAGAGGAACGGGUACUUAAUUGUGUGUUUUGGCGGAAUUGUAAUUCUUGUGUUCGAUUAAUUGGCAAUUUUUGAAAAUUUUCACCUGUGAAAAUGCUUAUAAAUUGAUUUGAAAUAGAGAAUAUUUCUUAAAAAG